AUGCAUAGAUAUGACGGUCAACGGAAGCACAUCAUACACUCUUUGUCCACCCUGUUGUACCAACUGCACACCCUCUCCUUCCUCCUCUCACCAGAAAUAUUCGUCUACCUCCUUCGACUCAUGUCUCACUUCCAUUUCUCUGGACCACGAGACUUGGAUCCGACCAGGUCGCUACGCUUCUGGUACAUCCUCGUCAUUGUGUUCAACUCGAGUGCGCUAUGGAACCACGCGAAGGACGGGGCGUCGCAAGGGCGGUCGGUCGUCCUCGACUUCGUCGGAAUGUCGUAUGAGCCUUCUAGAGCCCACCUACUCGCGCUCGACCUCUCCAUCAUAUUCCUCAGCAUGGUCCUCACAACAAUCGCAUACGAAACCUCAUAUGCAGCAGACAUGCCGCCCAAUACCCCGGAUCCAUUGUUGCCACCGCCCAUCACACCAACAUCCCCACUGCCGUCCGGUGCACAUGAACAGAUCAAGUCGCCCUAUGUUAUCGACCUCCGACUCUCCACCAUAAUGGAACGUCUAAGGCAUCCGCCUCCACUUCCUCCUCCUAGGGAUGCAUCCGACGGCUACUUGCUGCCGAUGCCCAACACUACCAGCUGGCGAUUGUCAAGCGGACUGCACAUGCUGUUGCGUGCACGGCAACAGCAACGACAGCGCGCGCGGGGCGUAGCCGCUGCGGUGAGACGACCGGAUGGAGAUGAGGCUGGGAGGGACGAAGAUGACGAUGAGGACGACAAUUCUGGGCAGGAUGUUCCGGGCGCGUUACACACGGAUCGUACUUGA